CUACCUCUGAUAUGUAACCAGUGUGUUUUCCAGUUGGUUCUGCUGGGAAACACGGAAACGCACAGGUUGAUCUUAUUGGUCAGCUGCAGCCCGGAGCCGUCUAUAAAGCGCACUGCAGGCGCUCCGGAGCUGAGACCGUGUGAGGGCGCAGAGCAGCGCCGCGGAGCGCACAGGCUUACCCGGGGAGAAAACACCUGUUACUGCCGGAGUGAGGGGACAAAGACGAGCGUGUGUCUUUCUGUAGUGCUACACACCUGACUACCUUGACUCCACACAGCCCACACAUCCCACUGCCUGGUGGGACCAUGUGGGUUCUGGAUAAGAUCCGCGGGUCGGUGGAGACCGGCGUGCUGCGUCAGGGAGAAAACGGAGACAAGAAAGGUGUCGCCUACAGCAACGUCCUCACCCCCGACAAGAUCCCAGACUUCUUCAUUCCUCCGAAGCUAGUCACUGGACCCCCAGAACCUGAGAUUCCUAACGUAAAGCCCAAAGAAGGACUGCAACCCUCGACUUCAGAGCAAACAAUCGGCAGUGGGAAGAAGAUCAGCAGCCCAAGAAGUCCGCGCCUGGUGGCCAAGCUCGCAGGAGACACUAAGAAUUUGCUGAGAGCAGCGAACCGUCACAUCAUACAGAUAGAGAGUGCUGAUGAUGUCGGAGACACCAAUGCAGACCCCCAGUCGCAGACGGCAAUGUCCCUGCCUUAUGUGCCCAAGACUCAAACACCUUAUGGUUUUGCGACUCUAAAGGAGAGCCCACACACUCGCCGUAAAGAGUCCCUGUUCCACUGCGAGCUCACCAGUCCCAUCACCUCCCCGAACACCCAGAGAAAGAUCCAGGGGAGAAGCAGUGAAGGGGGGAACCACCUGAACCCAGCUGACUGCAACACUUCUCACAUAAAUCCGUAUCGGUACUUCAGUGGAGGGGAGAGUGACACCUGCUCCUCGGCCGAAUCCUCUCCCUUUAGCUCUCCACUGCUCUCCCGCUCCGCCUCCCUGCUCAAGAUCUUCACCCACGAGACGCAGGCCAAAGUCGUCAAAGCCAAGCGGACGUUUGCUCGCCACAGCUCCCUCUCCACAGACGAGUGCAGCUCAGCCGAACCCAGCCCCAACAUUCAGCGACGGCUUCACGUCCCCUCCUGCCACGGCGCUGGUGCGUCAGACCACGGGCUCACUCGGGAGCACACCAUCAACCUGCACAAAGGUGGGUCGGUGAGGAUCAGCGCCAACUACGACUCCAGCACGUCCCGCCUGCUCAUCCGCGUCCUGGCAGCGGAGAGUCUUUACGACAAGCACUUUGACAUCAAGAGCAUCAACUGCUGCGUGUCCGUCUACCUGAACCCGGGCAAGCUGCAGAAGCAAAGGAGCAACAUCAUCAAGAACAGCCGCAACCCGGUCUUCAACGAGGACUUCUUCUUUGACUCGAUAAGCUCGGUGCAGGUGAAGAACCUGUCGGUGAAGUUCAAGGUGGUGAACAAAGGCACAAGCCUCAAGAGGGACAACCUGCUGGGAGAGCGAGAGGUGCCUCUGACAAAGCUGCUCUCGGGAGUUUAAAGUCGUGGGACCUGGAGAUCAAAGAGGCAAAAACAAGGACACUUUAAUUAGAUGUUUGCACUGGUUUCUAUUCAACUGCCCUUUUUCAUCCACUAGAUGAAAACAGUGAACAUUAUGAUGAAGGGCGAGAAUAAGGAAGGGUUUCCAGUAAUUGAAAUAUACUCCCAGAGGGAAAGAGGAGCUUUCUUCUAAGAUCUGAAAACACUGUCGAGCUCAGAAAAUGAACCUGUUGAUUGAUGAAGGAUUUAUGAUGGUCAAAGUUUGCCCAGUUCCUUCAUUCAAAUAAUGAAUGCUCAUUAGACCCGGCCAGUCUUGACAGCAACAGAUGAUUUGACAGAUGAAAGGGUUUUUUUCAGCACGUAUCUCCCUGCCAACUUCCUGAGCCAUUUCUGGUUCAAAGGUUGGACGACACCUGUGCACCAGACCGUCUCGGUGUCCUUGGUCAUGUGCGGCAUGGUUUUAUUAUUGUAAUAUGAUCUGAAUCCACAGCAGCACAGGAUGUGAUUCUGCAUCAGCUGCAGUGUGCGUUCAGCACAAAGAUGCUUUUGUGAAUUGGAGCUUUGAAGCAGCACUACAUCCUGAGGUGCAAAUGACCCUUUCAUCCCAGUUGCCAUGGCCCCACCUCCUAUGGGGGAGAGUGAGGGACAAACAGAGCAGCGACAAUAGUCACAUUUACAUGCACAUGAUAAAAAUAGAAUUAAAAAAAGGAAAGUCAUAUGAUCUGAUAAUGUCAGUGUAUUUCUGUAUACUAAGAAAGUAGAACUCCGGUAAGAUUUGUGUGCCACAAAAAGGUUUUGUAAUUUUUUUUUAAAUUAAAGUAACAUUAAAGUUAAAGGUUCCCCAUGGAGUUUUCUAUUUAAAGCAUUUUAUUGAAAUACAUUUGCACAAUGCAUUAGCAAAUAUAUACAAAUAGAAAUUAUUGGUAAAUAUACAAAUGCAAUAUGAAGAUAAUAAGUGCAUUUACGAAACUAAUACAGACACCAUUCUCUUUUAGGAUUUAUUUAAAAAAAAACAUGAUAGAAAAAAAGAAGGAGAACACAACAACAAAAAGAGACAACCUAACCAACGUAGACACCCAAACCCUGCUUGUAAACUAACAAACAUUCAGGCUUUGUCUACAUGUAUACAGAUAUUUUAAAUCAGAUUUUUUUCCCCUCUCUGUCCACAUGACAUUUGACGUUUCACCUCCUCCCAAAACUCUGUUCGUGUUUGGAUGAGAGGUCAAAACAUAAAGAAAAAUAUACAUUUUCAAAGAUAUCUGUAUAAUAGUAGACAGGGCCUUAGGGCUCAUUUAAACUCAACUUAACAUACACAGACGUACGCAGUCCUCUGUCCGUACUCUGUGUCCAUUUUGUCCGUAUUUGUGCUGUUAGAUACAGACGAAACUGAGCAGUUACACCAGAGAUUGUAGAGGCGAUGUAGCAUAGUUCAGUAAGAAACACACAGAAAUUUACACAGGAUGUAAACUGCGGCAUCGUGUGCACAAAACAAACCUCACACAAUAAUUACUCCACAGCGCUACUGGUGGUCAAAAACUCCACGGGGCCCCUUUAAAGUCUAUUUUUCUUUGAACAAAUUGUAAAAAUCUGCCUGUGCAGCAAGAAUGUUUGAACCUGUUUUUUAUGCAAAUCAAUUUUUUAAACAUUUUAACACUUUGUCAUCGUAGAUGUACAAUGACAAAUAAAUGUUUGGUUCCUCUCAGGCUGACAGCUACGCACAAACAUAAUAAAACAUGAAAUGAAAGUUACAACAUAAAGUCAAGAUAAAAACAAGGUAAAAACCACAAAUAAUGACAAAAUAAAACAGUGACAAAUAACUCUGACCGUAAAUGGUGAUAAUAAUGAGAACAUGAAAUGAAAUAUCAAUUAAAAAAUGGCAGCCGCAGGUUUAAAGUGCAUUGUGGCUCAAGUUGUUGCAUGAUAUAGAGUACUACUACGACUCUCGUUGGAAACAGGUCGAAAUAUUCUUCCUGCACUUUAAAAAAAAAGACUUUAAAAUGAAAUUAUAAAUUCAUGCAAUGUGAGGUACAUGGUUUUUAAUGUCUUCAGUAGCCACCAGUUCUAUCUUUAACUGCAUGAAAUCGAACUCGCUGAAUCAAUGAAUGUGGAGAAGAUAAAAGUGUUUGCAGGAUAUAUGAGAAAAUCCCUUCCUUUAUUUAUAGAUACUUAAUUUCUGUUUGGUUGAAAUCUCAUGAGCUUUAUGAAGGACCUGUGUGCACGUCACACAUGCUCCAGUGUGGGCACCUUGAUUAAAUCUUGUGCAACCAGGCAACAAGCUCUCGCCACAUCUUCACUCUGCAUUCAGACUGGUUGGCGACGCCGUCACAGUUAUUCUGCACAGAUUCUCAACAGCGAGAGCAACUGAGAGGCUGAGUUUAGGAGUUUAUAGUCACAGCCUUUCAGCUUUAGUCAAACAUCAGAUAUUUCUCUAUUUCUGUCUUAAAGUAGCACCUGAAGGGCAGGAUUUUACAGCUUUCCCUUCUUUUUGGUUAAUUUUCUUAGCAGUGGGAUGAGAAAAAAAGGUGAUGAAAAGUCCCACUUUUUUACUGUGUAAAUGAAACACGUCCGUCAUGUAAACAGAAUUCAACAGUCGUCAGUUUAUGCAACCAGGCUGCUGCCUAGUAUUAUUGGCAGUGGACAAAUACCGUGAUUGUGUGCAUGCAAAUGUAUUAAAUGUCUCAUAUGAGAAGAACAGAGCACUCGAGUCACAGUGCAGAGAACCAGUUGCAUGGCACCAAUAUGUCACUGGUGUUUGCAUGAUGUGCUCAAAGUUUUAUGAAACCCCAAAGCCUUACGAUGUACUGUUUGUGAGUGUGUGUGUG